AUGGAUGUUAGUAGGGCGCACCUUAUUAGGAGACCCGUUUUAGGAGACGCCGUUGCUACGACGACUGUUGCUACGACGACUGUUGCCGGGACACUUGUUGCUAUAGCAUCUGUUUCUGCGACAACCGUUGCUGUGACAACCGUUGCUGGCAAAAUGCUAAGUUGGUGGACGUUUAGGGCGUUUGAUGAGUUAGUUGAAAAAGCGACUUCAGAGAGCAUACAAACGGGAACAGAAGAUCUCGCAUCAUGUCUAGAGAUAUGCGAUAAGAUUAGGAGUAAAUCAGUACCUGCUAAGGACGCUAUGAGGAGUCUUAGAAGGAGAAUGGGUCAUAGAAGUCCAGGGGUUCAAAUCCAGGUCUUAAAACUUAUAGAUCUUUGUGUAAAGAAUGGAGGAGAUCAUUUCUUAUUAGAGAUAUCAUCACGGGAGUUUAUGGAUCAUUUGGUGUCUUUUUUGAAGGCAGAAAAGACGAUAGAACAUGAUAAUGGAAUGAAAGAAGAGGUUAAAAGGAGGAUAUUAGAGCUUAUUCAAGUAUGGGCGGUUUUAUUUGAGAAAAAGGAACAUUUAGGCUAUGUUUGUACAGUGUAUGAAGAUCUUCGAUCUCAGGGUUAUGAAUUUCCACCUAGACCGCCGCUUAAUGCGACGUUUAUUGAUUCUUUUUCACCUCCUGAAUGGAGUGAUUCUAGUAUUUGUAUGCUUUGUAGGACGAGGUUUACGUUUAAGAAUAGGAAACAUCAUUGUAGGAAUUGUGGGGGAGUUUUUUGUCAAUCGUGUUCAUCGAAAUCGAGGCCUCUUUUAUAUAUGGGUAUUAUUGAGCCGGCUAGAGUUUGUGAUAAUUGUUAUUCUAAAAAAACGCAAACGCCGGCUAUUUCUAUGAGUAGUAAUGUUUCAGGAAUGGAAUAUCCUGAAUAUUCGAAUGUAGAUGAUGAUAGUGAUUUAAAAUAUGCUAUAAAACUGUCUUUAGAAGAAAAUAAAUUACAAAAGUCAAGAUUUCAACAAGAUCUUGCUAAAGAUCAUGAAAAGCAGUAUUCAGAUGAUGAAGAUUUGAAAAAAGCAAUUUCAUUAAGCUUGAAAGAAUUGGAGCAAUCGAAAUCAGUCAAUUUUACGCCUGAUGUAAAAACAAUUACUCCAGAUCUUCAACCGAAAUUUGAACAUGAACUUACUGCAUCAGAGAUAGAGAAUAUUAAUACUUUUUGUAUGUUAAUUCAAGGACUUCAAAUGGCACCUAUAGGAUCGAUUUUAAGGGAUCAUUAUGUUCAAGAAUUACAUGAUUCUGUUGUAAAAUUAAAACCGAAACUUAUUCGUUCUUUAGGCAAUACUAUUAAAAAAUUAAUUGAUAUUCAUUCUAAACUUUCAACUGUUAUGAAAUAUUAUGAUAAAUUAUUGGAAGAUCGUUUAUCUACAGCUUAUUCAAGACAUCAUGUUUCUUCUAUACAUGAAAAAGGUUCUUUAUAUCCUUUUAAUCAAGGUUAUAAUUCAUCUUUAUUAACACCGACCUCUUCAAUGCCUUCUGAAUAUUAUUCACAUUAUAAAAAACUUCAACAACAAAAAAAUCCUACAUUCUAUUCAUCUCAUAUACCAUCACAACAGGCUUCUUCAACUUCUAUUUUGCCUUCAAGGGAAAUUAUUUCUUCCACCAUGUCAAAUUAUUCAUCAGAUGCUUUUUCACAUGAUACCUUUACAACUAAACCUUCUUCUACUUCUAUUAAGGAUUCCUCUUUAUCAAUUCAUGAUCAACAUAACCCAGAUAACUUAUCUUUUCCUCAAAAAACUCUUACACAAGAUAAAACAGAACCACCAACACAAGUAUCUCUAAUUGAUUUAUAA